UCAAGUCCAGAGGAGGAGAGAAAAAAACAAACGGAACAUCCGGGAGACGCAACCUGAUCUGCAAAAGACGUGGAAUGUCCUUCUUUCUUCUUCUUCCGCCCUUCAAACCCGGCAAUGAUGGAGGAGUAGUUCAAGCGACACGGUGAUUGGUGGACGCAGCAGAGGACGAAGAAGAAUGUGCACCCCUUGGUUUUGUUGAAAAGGCGAACGCUCCCCUCGUGUGUGUGUGUGUGUGUGUGUGUGAGUGUGUUUUCUUCCUCUGCUUCUUCCUCUUCAAUGACAGCAGCAGGAGGCAGCCUGGCGGCGCUGCGGCGGGAAGCUUCCCCCGGUACGACGAGGAGGUUCCGCUGCGAUGCAGUGAAGGGAUAGAAGAUGAAAAUACACAAAAAGGACAAGCAGCAGAUGUUCACUGGUCUCCUGAAGCACACGCCACCUCUGGCCUCCACUGCGGCCACCUCCUCCUCCUCCUCCUCCUCCUCUUCCUCUUCAGCCUCGGACCAAAACAGCAACGCACAAACUACAGUUCCCACAAUCCCACGCGGACACCUGGUCUUGGGCACCAAGGACCAGCUCCGCGUCCUCGCCCCCGUGGGCAGCACGGCGACGUCCAAUCACUGCACGGCCACCGGGGCCCACGCCACCAAGCACUCCGGAGGGGCCCCGCGGCCCCCCUCCUCCCUGAGCGAGGAGGACGAUGGAGGAGGAGGCGGCGGCGGCGGCGGCAGGGUGAAGAAGAAACGGAAGAAAAAGGACAAGAGGGGAUGGGAGAGGGCGGUGGCAGUAGAGGAGAGGGAGAGCAGCAAACCAAAGAGGAGAAGGGAUGAAAGGGAGGCGACGGUCGUCACGCUGAGGAAGAGCAAGGAGCCCAAGGAGGGCAAAGAGCGGAGGGAGCGCCGGAGCAAGGGGAAGGAGAAGGAGGGCAGGAAGGAGAGCGUGGCGGACCACAAGAGCGUGGCGGGGAGGAAAGCGCCUGGAGCCACCGUGGCCCCGGGACCGGCACACGUGCCGGUGAAGGUGCCGGGCAAAAGAGGGAGGAAACCCAAGAUCAAGAUCCUGCCUCCUGUACCCGCCAAUCAAGCAGCUCCUCCUCCUCCUCCCCCCCCAGGACUCCACACUAAGGUCACGCUGCGCCUGCAGGGCAGCCAGGCCAAGAACCACGGCCAGGCCAACAGCAAGACCCCGGUCCCCGCGGCGCCAAAACAGAGGGGCCGCAGACCCAGAGAUCCUGGCGUCGCACCCGUGGAGAAGAAGAAGAAAGGGAAGAGGAGAAACCAGGAAGUGGCCGUCCACGAGGGGGCGGAGAGCGACGACACCGCCUCAGUGUCGGCGCUCAACAUGGGGGGAGAGGACAGCCAGGACCCCCUGGAUCACACGAAGCGGCGUUCGGGGCGACAGGUCAAGAGGAGGAAGUACAACGAGGAUUUGGACUUCAAGGUGGUGGACGACGACGGAGAGACGAUCGCCGUCCUCGGAGCCGGUCGCAUCUCGGCGCUCAACGCCACCGCUCUGGCCUGGCAGGCCGAGGAACCACCUGAGGACGAGGCCAACAUCAUUGAGAAAAUCCUGUCGGUCAGACCUGUGAAGAAAGAGACGGCGUCAGAGGACCCAGUGGACGAGGCAGAGGAGUUUUACGUCAAGUACAGAAAUUUUUCUUACCUUCACUGCAAAUGGGCCACUCUGGAGGAGCUGGAGAAAGAUCCCAGAAUCCACCAGAAGAUCAAGCGCUUCCGGACCAAACAGGCGCAGAUGAAGCACCUGUUCACCGAGCCCGAUGAGGAUUUAUUCAACCCAGACUAUGUGGAGGUGGACCGAGUGCUGGAGGUGGCUGUUACCACGGAUACAGAAACCGGAGAGGAGGUGACCCAUUACCUGGUGAAAUGGUGCAGUCUCUCGUACGAGGAGGCGACGUGGGAGCUUCAGGAGGACCUGGACCCGGAGAAGGUCAAAGAGUUCGAGCACAUCCAGAAACUGCCGACAGACCUGAGACACAUGGAUCGGCCUCCACCAGAUAAAUGGCAGAAGCUGGACAAGUCGAGAGAUUACAGGAACGGAAACGAGCUGAGAGAAUAUCAGUUGGAGGGAAUGAACUGGUUACUGUUCAACUGGUACAACAGAAAAAACUGUAUACUGGCAGAUGAAAUGGGUUUGGGAAAGACCAUCCAGUCCAUCACCUUCCUGUACGAGAUCUUCAGCAUGGGGAUCCGCGGGCCCUUCCUCAUCAUCGCCCCCCUGUCCACCAUCACCAACUGGGAGCGGGAGUUCCGCACGUGGACGAACAUGAACGUCAUUGUGUAUCACGGCUCGCAGAUCAGCCGGCAGAUGAUCCUGCAGUACGAGAUGUAUCACAGGGACGCACAGGGUAACACGAUCCCCGGCGUGCUGAAGUUCCACGGGCUCAUCACCACCUUUGAGAUGAUCAUGGCCGACUGUCCGGAGCUGAGGAAGCUGCACUGGCGCUGUGUGGUGAUCGACGAGGCCCACCGGCUGAAGAACAGGAACUGCAAACUGCUGGAGGGACUGAAACUCAUGAACCUGGAACACAAGGUUCUGCUCACGGGAACGCCUCUGCAGAACUCUGUGGAGGAGUUGUUCAGUCUGUUGAACUUCCUGGAGCCGCUGCAGUUCCCUUCAGAGAGCGGCUUCCUGGAAGAGUUCGGAGACCUGAAAACAGACGAACAGGUGAAGAAGCUUCAGGCCAUUCUGAAGCCCAUGAUGUUGAGGAGACUGAAAGACGACGUAGAGAAAAACCUGGCACCCAAAGAAGAGACCAUCAUAGAGGUGGAGCUGACCAACAUUCAGAAGAAGUACUACAGAGCCAUCUUAGAGAAGAACUUCUCCUUCCUGUCCAGAGGAGCCAACCAACACAACAUGCCAAACCUCAUCAACACCAUGAUGGAGCUGCGCAAGUGCUGCAACCACCCUUACCUGAUCACAGGAGCGGAGGAGAAGAUCCUGGAAAGCUUCAGGAAGUACCACAGUCCAGACGCACUGGACUUCCAGCUGCAGGCCAUGAUCCAGGCGGCCGGGAAACUGGUGCUAAUCGACAAGCUGCUGCCCAAGCUGCUGGCGGGGGGCCACAAGGUCCUGGUCUUCUCCCAGAUGGUUCGCUGUCUGGACAUCCUGGAGGACUACCUCAUCCAGAGACGCUACACGUACGAGCGCAUCGACGGCCGCGUGCGAGGGAACCUGCGGCAGGCGGCCAUCGACAGGUUCUGCAAGCCGGACUCGGACCGCUUCGUCUUCCUGCUGUGCACCAGAGCCGGAGGGCUGGGGAUCAACCUGACGGCCGCCGACACCUGCAUCAUCUUCGACUCGGACUGGAACCCGCAGAACGACCUGCAGGCCCAGGCUCGCUGCCACCGGAUUGGCCAGAGCAAAGCGGUGAAGGUCUACCGGCUGAUCACCAGGAACUCGUACGAGAGGGAGAUGUUCGACAAGGCCAGUCUGAAGCUGGGACUGGACAAGGCCGUCCUCCAGGACAUCAACCGCAAGGGAAGCCUCAACGGGGUGCAGCAGCUCUCUAAGCUGGAAGUGGAGGACCUGCUCAAGAAAGGAGCCUACGGAGCCCUGAUGGACGAGGAAGACGAGGGCUCCAAGUUCUGCGAGGAAGACAUCGACCAGAUCCUGCAGAGACGAACUCAGACCAUCACCAUCCAGUCGGAGGGGAAAGGCUCCACGUUCGCUAAGGCCAGUUUCACCUCGGCUGGAAACAGAACGGACAUUUCUCUGGACGACCCCAACUUCUGGCAGAAAUGGGCCAAGAUCGCCGAAGUGGAGAUCGACUCCAAAUCUGAGAAGGAGUCUUUGGUGAUCGACACGCCGCGCGUGAGGAAGCAGACGCGUCACUACAACUCCUUCGAGGACGACGAGCUGAUGGAGUUCUCGGAGCUGGACAGCGACUCGGAGGAGCGGCCGUGUCGCACCCGUCGCCUGGGCGAGCGCGCCAGGCGGUACCUCCGCGCUGAGUGCUUCCGGGUCGAAAAGAAUCUGCUCAUCUUCGGCUGGGGCCGGUGGAAGGACGUCCUCAACCACGGUCGGUUUAAGUGGCACCUGGCAGAGAGAGACAUGGAGGUGAUCUGUAGAGCUCUGCUGGUUUACUGCCUGAGACACUACAAAGGUGACGACAAGAUCAAGAGCUUCAUCUGGGAUCUGAUCACACCGACGGCGGAGGGACAGGACCAGGCGCUGCUCAAUCACUCUGGUUUAUCCGCUCCGGUCCCUCGCGGUCGGAAGGGGAAGAAGCCGAAGAAUCCGCUGAGCGUCACCGAGGUGAAGAACGCCGACUGGCUGGUCAACUGUAAUCCCGAGGUGGUCCUGCAGGACGAGAGCUACAAGAAGCACCUGAAGCAGCACUGCAACAAGGUGCUGCUGAGGGUGAGGAUGCUUUACUACCUGAAGGUGGAGGUGUUGGGUGAGGCGGCCAAUCAGGCUCAAGAGGGGAUACACGCCAGUAAACUGGAGGUGUCGCUUCCGGACAUCGACUACAUUGAGAUUCCUGCUUCGUGGUGGGAUUCCGACGCCGACAAGUCUCUGCUCAUCGGCGUCCACAAACACGGGUAUGAGCGGUACAACGCCAUGCGAGCUGAUCCAGAACUGUGUUUCCUGGAGCGGGUCGGGAUGCCCGACGUCACAGCGCUGUCCGCCGAGCAGGGGGGAGGAGAAGGGGCCUCCGACAUUGCCGACAGCGUUGGCAAAGCCGAGGAGGUGAAGGACGAAGCUGAAAACAAGGCCGACGGAGGAGAGGAUCGAGACGAGAGCAGCAAGGGAGAGGAAACCUGCUCCAGCACCGACACCUCGGACAAACCCGACAGUACCGGUCCAGACUCCCACCAGUCAGCCGACGUCUGCGCCCAGGACGUGACUCUGGUCACCACCACCACCACCACCACGUCGACAGUAACGGUGACGGGAACGGGCGUGGCGUCUCUGCACGUGGUCCAGUCCCGCCCCCUGUGGCCCACAGGUCCCGCCCUGACGGCGCGCCUGCGACGCCUCAUCACCGCCUACCAGCGGUUCACCAUUCGGCGCGAGCCGCUGCUCAGGCAGGACUUCCUGCUUCACGACGGCCUCGCGGGCAUGGGGAUGGGGGGGGGCGGAGCUUCUCACGCUCAUCACGCCGGCGGGCCGCUGGCGUGGCAACUGGGCGAGGAGCUGAGGAGGUGUUCUGUGGUCGCCACGGAACAGGACCCCCUGUUCCUGGAGUGGCAGAGGAGGUGGACCCGCCGAGAGCAGGCGGACUUCUACCGCACGGUGUCGUCGUUCGGCGUGGUGUACGACCCGGAGAGGAAGACCUACGACUGGUCCCAGUUCCGAGCGCUGGCCCGGCUGGAGAGGAAGACGGACGAGAGCCUGGAGAGAUACUUCAACUCCUUCGUCAACAUGUGCAGGACGGCCUGCAAGCUGCCUCUGAGGAAGGAAGAAGGGCUCGUGGAUCCGGCCGUGCUCGUCGAGCCUCUGACGGAGGAGCGAGCCGCCCGGACUCUGUACCGCAUCGAGCUGCUCCGCAAGAUCAGAGAGCAGGUCCUCCGUCACCCGUUGCUGUCGGCCCGCCUCCAGCUGUGCCGCCCCUCCCUCUACCUCCCGGUCUGGUGGGAGACGGGCAAACACGACCGCGACCUCCUCAUCGGCGCGGCUCGCCACGGCUUGAGUCGCACGGACUUCUACAUCCUCAACGACCCUCAGCUCAGCUUCCUGGAGGCUCACAGGAACUACGUCAGGGGACAACCCUCUCACAUCCACCCUCAGAGUCACCACCACCACCACCACCUGCACCAUCCGGGCUUAGCGGCUCAUCCCGGCAUCUCGUCCUCCACCUCGUCCUCCUCGUCUCAUCCGCAGCUGCCGCAUCCCCACUGCUGCCUUUACGACUCGGGCCUCGGGCGCCACUCCCCUCAGCCGCCCGAUUACCCCCACCAGUCUUCUCACCAGCACCAGCAUCACAUUGUGCCUCCAUCAGCUCCCUCUCCUUCCUCCUCCUCCUCCUCGUCCUCUCACCCUCACCUCCAACCUCCGCCACUGGACGCCCACGACUCGGCCUCACCGAGCCUGGGGAUAGUGCCCGGGUCUCGGGGGGACUUCCUGGACUGUCCUCCUCUGGAUGAGUCCCUGGAGCUGAGUUCACUGCAACACGACGCCAUGUCCGCGGACGCGCUGCACGGUGGCAAGGCGUCCAAAGAUGCCCUCAACGGCUUCCCCUUCAACUCGGCAGCGGGAGGUCAGAGCAUGCUCAACUCGUACGGCGUCGGGGGAACAGACCUGGACUCCAAGCUGAGGAGCGACGUGCUCGUGGGCGAGCAGGGCUCGUCAGAGGAAACCGGGCUGAUGGCGCCGUCGGUGGAGUUGGACCGGUUACAGGCUCCCUGGGACGGGACGGACCACUCCAGUCCUGCGCACCACAUGUUCAACGAGUCCGAUCCGAUUCUGGGUCCCUCCGCUCUGGAGACGGGCUUCCUGGAGGAGGAGGACGAGGAGGCGCCGGGCGGCGACAGAGGAGGGGAGGAGGGUGGAACCCUGGAGGAGUGUUUGGGGCUCCCGCCCUCGUCCUCCCCUUCCCACCCGUCCGCAGGAGAUUCCGUGGAGCCGCUGUCCUCGAGCUACAUGCUCUUUAAGGACAUCGGCGUGAGCGAAGAACCCAGCGCAGAUCAAACCGACCUGUCAGCGAGCCCCCCGCCGCCCUACGUCCCGCCUCCUCCCCUCUCUCUGUCUGACAUCACUGCCCACGAGCCGCAGGAUGCGCUGGGCCACGGCGGCGGCCGUGUCGCCGAGGGCUUGAGCAGCCCCGUGGACGAGGGCGAGGAGCGGGAAGGAGGCGCCGGGUUCGAGUUCGACGACAAGGAGGAGGAGGAAGAAGAUGUGGACGACUUGUCGGGGGAGAACAUGGACAUUCAGAACUUUGAGAAACAGAGAGAACGAGGUCUGGAGGGAGAAGAGCAGCCUGACGCACAUGAAGAAGGCUCUACUUCCCUCUCAGGUGCAAACCAAAGUUUGGGAGUCCUGAAUCCACACAUGGACCAGAUCGACGGGUUGGAGCCAGAGCCGGAGCUGGAGGAGCAGGACGAGAGGAUGGACGUCUCAAACCAUCUGUCCCAGGACCUCGGGCAGAGCUUCGAGCAAGGUGAACAUAAACCGGACUUUCCCCAGAGCGUGCAUCCUUAUCUCGGGAAGCUCGAGCAGUGUCCCGAGUCCAUCGAGGAACCAGGCGAGGAGGUGGACGGGUUGAUCUUGUAUCAGACGGUCGAGGGAGAGACGACGGAAAACUCUGCCGAAUCUGGAACCUCGAUGGACAACGCGUCUGGAGAGUUCCUGCGCGCAAGAGGCAUUGCGGAAAAUUCCCGGGAGGGAGGUUCAACGCAGCACGAGGUGGACGAGGUCUCGGACGGGACGGCGGCGGGUCACGUUUCUCUAAUGGACGUUUCGGUCGCUCGGUCCUGUGAGGAAUUGGCGGAGAAACAGUCAAAUGCCGAAACCAGCGGGAUUGAGCUUCACAGCAUUUACUCCCAAUCUGACGAGAGCGGCGGAAAAGCUGGAGUCAAAACCGAGAUCUCCGCAGGUCAGGAAAACUACGACGCUGCAGAUGAAGACUGUAAGAGCAGAGCCCUGACAAUCUCCCCCCAUCGGGACAACAAGGACAACCUGCUCGAACAGAACGAGAUCAAAAGUGCUGCUACGAAAUCCUCUAAUCCUCACUUCUCUCUUUCACCAGACGACGGCGGCGGUGAGAAGAAACCGGCCGAACUCGAGCCGCCGAUCAAGAUAGAGGAGACAAAGACGGAGAUUGUCGAGGAAGCGCUACCUAUCUACCCGGACAGCUCCGAGGUCAAACACGCAAAGUUUCUCGCUUACCCCGUCAAGUCAGAACACUUGGUGACCACCAAAGCUGAGCAGCCGGACUAUCCCGUGAAACAAGAAACACUGGAGUCCAAACCCGAAGAUCUCAGCUUCCCCACGAAGCCCGAGAGCGGCGACAGUAAAGCCCAAGUCCUCCAGUUUGCAGGCUACUCGGACGGCGCCGCCGCCGCCGAAGUCAAACACGAAGCCAAACCCGUGGCGCUCGGUUUCUCCGCCUACCCAGAUUUAGCCAGGCUCAAGAGCGAGACGAAACAGGAAGGUUUGAGGUUGAUCGCGACCUUUCCCGACACGUCCGCCAUCAAGCCCGAAGCCAAGCCGGACGCCCUGCGGUUCGCCGCCUACCCGGACAGCUGCGAGGUGAAACCCGAGGCCGAGCCGGACGACCUGGAGUUCCCGGCGAUCAAGGCCGAGACGAAGCAGGAGCUGCUGGAGGCCGACAGCACGGUCCUCACCCCGAAACUCGAGCAGGCGGACGGGCUGGUGGACUCCACGGAGAGCCUGGCGGAGAGGGGCCACGUGAAGGAGGAGAGGCCGGGUUCUCCAGUGCCUGUUGCGGACGGAUACGGAGGCAGCCCCAGGUUCGCGGCUCCCAUUUCCAUGUGUGACCUUCCCGACGGUCUCCACGACGCCAGGGAGCCGACCAUCGCUCAGCUCCUACAGGAGAAGGCGCUCUACUCGUUCUCCGAGUGGCCGAAGGACCGGGUCAUCAUCAAUCGUCUGGACAGCAUCUGCCACGCCAUCCUGAAGGGGAAGUGGCCGUGGCCGAGCGAGCAGCACGACGCGCCCGGCUCCCUGGCUGCAAACUCCUGCCUGGCCAACAGCUUAGCCCAGCAGCAGCAGCAGCAGCAGCAGCAGCAGCAGCAGCAGCAGCAUCUCCACCACCAGCAGCACCACCACCAGCAGCAGCAGCAUCAGCACCAGCAGCACCAGCAGCACCGGGCGGCGGGAUUCCUCCCCACCACCACCACCACCGCCUCCGGCUCUGUCACGAGCCAGGCCCGAGCUCAGCAGGCCAGCGCGGGGCUGGGCUUCUCGAUCCCGCCCCCUCUCACCAGACUACCUAAGUACAUGACGCGGGGCGGCGCAUGUGGGCGCGGAGCUUGGCGCCUCACCUCCUUGCCUCUCUUACAGGAGAGGCUCGUGGCUCCUCCCUACCUCCCCGAGCUCAAACGCGCGGGGGGUCGAAGGUCUUUCGACUACGAAGCGGCCGCCAAGGUUUUAGCCGGGAAGUCGGCGUCGGCGUGCCACAGUGCCGCCAACGCCAGCGCGAGCUCCGGCGGUGAGAAGGCGCCGGUGGUGGCCCCGCCCUCUCACCGCACAGGAGCCAUGUUGAUGAACGGCUGGCAAGAAGCGGCCAUCGAUCUCACCAAGUCGUCCGCAGAAAUAAGCACCACGAGCGGCUCCGGGUCGGGCGAGUCCGCGGCCGCGCCGGGACUCAGCGGCAGUGGCCACAAGCUGCCGCCGCCGCCGCCCAUCACGGCGCCGCUGACGGGCUCUGUGGGCCUGGACAUGGCCGGGAUCCUGCAGGCCGGGCUCAUCCAUCCUGUGACGGGGCAGAUAGUGAACGGGAGCCUGAGGGGGGACGACUCCCUGCGGAGGAGGAGGGGGAGGAGGAGAAACGUGGAGGCUCUGUACUCUGAGUUCACCAAGAGCCGAGGACUACACCUCCCGGAGACACAGGGCCGCGUGGAGGUGAUCUGCCACUCCACCGUCUCCUCCUCCACCUCCUCGCCGUCGCCCUCUCCCUCGGAGCGACCCGCCGGUCCGCCCACGCCGUCCUCCUCCUCGACACCCACGCCCACGCAGACGCCGCCUCAGCCGGAGAUCGUGGCCAUCGACAGGGAGGCGGCGAGCAAAGGUCUGAUCGAGUGGCUGAGGCAGAAUCCGGGCUACAGCAUGGACCUGCCCACGUUCGCUCACUCCGGAGCAGGUCUUCUUCACGGUUUCGUGGAGCGUCCCAAGCAGCGGAGGCAUCGCUGCAAAGACCCGACCAAGCUGGACAUCAACUCCUUGACGGGGGAGGAGAGGGUUCCCGUCGUGCACCGGGGCACCGGACGCAGGCUCGGUGGAGCCAUGGCUCCCGCCAUAAAGGAGCUCUCCCGCUGGUUGGACGCCAACUCAGAAUACUACGUCGCUCCGGACUGGGCCGACGUGGUGAAACACUCGGGUUUCCUCCCCGAGGGGAAGUUCUCCCGGAUCCUGACAGAGCCGGUCAACAGAGACCCGGGCUCUCGGCGCCGUGGGCGUCGGCCUCGCAGCGAGAUGCCCAAGCCGCUGCUGUCCGUCUCUGACUCCUCCCCCUCCAGCCUGGGCGCCUCCCUCUUCAUGAACGGCGGUCUGAUCGGCAGCAUGGACUCUAUGGUGGCCAUGCAGAACCUCCGCGGCGGGAUCCCCGGCAUCCCCAUCUCCGGGAUCAUGGCCGGAUUCCCGCACGGUUUCUCCGCGGCCGUCCAGGCGGGCGGAGCUGGCGCGUCGGCGGAAGACGCCAAGAACGGGUUGAGUAUGUUACCCAUGAUGCUGCACGGCAUCCCGCACCCUCACGGGGCGGGGAUCCCACAGCACGCCUUGUUCAGCGUCGGUGCGAUGAUGGCGCACGCUGCGGCGGCGCAGCCUCCUCCUCACCCCGGCGCCUCCUCGUCAGCCUCCUCUUCUUCGGUUGUGAAGGUCACCACGACAACCGCACCGUCGACAUUGGAGGCCGCCAGCCCCUCUUCGACGACGUCUGCGGAGAGAGAGAGCGCCGCCUCCUCGGCCGCCGCCGGCGAGAAGGAAAGGAGCCAGGAGGAGAGAGGAGCGGCGGCCAUCAUCACAUCCACCAGCAGGGCCCAUCUCGGCGCCGCUCAUCUGGGAGCCAGCGCCGGCAGCCAUCUUACCUUCAACCCCUUCCUGAUCCCGGGCAUGUCCCACGGCCUGCUGUACCCGCACAUGUUCCUGCCACACGGCGGCAUCAUGGCGCUGCCCGCCAUGCCGCCCGGCGUACUAGACUGUUCCCCGGGAAGCCCCAAAAGGAGGAGGAAGAGAGGGAGGGAGGAAGGGGAGCGGGCGGAGGAGGAGAGGGAGAAGCUGGUGAUGGUGGAGUUAGAGGAGAGAGAAAGUACAGUGAAGGCCACGGUGACCUCCCGCCCGGCCUCCUCCGCGUCGCCCUCCGUCCCCACGACCUCUGCUCCAGACCCGGGCUCCCCUCCUCCGACCGAGGAGCCCCAGACUGGGCCAGCGGACGCAGAGGACGGCGGGCCCUCGGGGCCCCAGGAACCGGACUCCCAUGACCCGCCCGAGGAGGAGGAGACAGUAGGAGAGGAGGCGACGGGGGAGGAGACGCAGGAGGCCCAGGAGCAGGAAGUGUAGAGUGGGAGGAAAUGAACUGCAAAGGGAGACGGACCACUUCCUGCUCGCUCUCUCUCCUCCCGAACUCCGGCGUUGCUCUUUUUUUUCCUCUCGAACCGAGCAACAGUGUAAAGUUUGUGCCGUGUCUGUCAGUCAAUGUCCAUGUAAAGACUUUUAUUAUGACGAUGACUAAUGAUAACGAUGAGGAAUAUACUCGACUUGGUCCAUGUUUAUAUACCAAGACCCCACCCGCCCUCUCCGCUCCCGCCCUCCUUGUAUACAAACAAACAAGUGUAAGAAACGAUCUUCUUCUGUGUUAUUCUUCCCCCACCAUCAUUCUGCAUCGAACGCACACGCACGCACACACACACACGCACACACACACACGCACACACACUCGGCAGGUUUUGGCGAAUCGAUAAACACAAAAAAUCCGAAGACGGCCCCCUUCCGACAAAACGUCAGUUUGGUUCGUUUGCACAGACACGAAGAAGAACCGCAGAGUCGUGACGCGACUGUGGUUCGGAGGUUGGUUCUGAAUUUCGUGGCCUCAUCUUGGGAAUCAUGAGCGGAGAAAACCCUCGAGUACGUUCUGUUGAAAUCCCCCCAAAAAAAUGCGCUCUUUGUUAUUACGUCGACUGUUGGCUGGUUAGUGUUGAAUUAUCUUUGUGCCAGUGUCCAGAUUAACCCCGACGUUUUGUUCUCCGCGUCUGGACCAGACAACUAAAAUACCCUUUUUUUCCGAGUUGAUAACGAAGAUAAAAACGCUGAUUUAAUUGAGUACGUUUCAGAAUGUAGCCCCCGUCUGUGUCAUCUCCGUGUGACUCGUGAGAAUAAAAAAGUACGUUACGUGGAUGUUAGAAAGUUGCCAAAUCAGAAAAGAAUCAUUUCUUUUGAUAGUUUUUUACAUCAAAAUCAAGAAUAAUGUGGUUUUGAAAUCGACUCGAAGGUCAAAGAAAACAAAACAAAAGCCACAAUAUGAAAGUGGAUUCUGUAUCUUAAUUCUGAGAUAUCAUUAAUCUGCCUGUCGCCCGUGUUUCUAAUGAAUAAUUCAUAUUUUUUGAUUAUUUUUUUGGCUACAAUAAUCGAUUUUAUCAUCAUUGCUGCUAUAGCUUCUUUUAUUAAGAAGUUCGUCGAGCCUUCACACGAGAAGAAGAAUCUGGAUUCAGAGCUCCACCUUUUCAUUUCCCCCCCCCCGCUAAUAA